CCGCAGAAAAAAAAGAAGCCUGCGCGCCCUAUUCUGCUUGACUCUCUCCCUUUAUCUCUCCGCCCCCACCUUCAAGUUACGAUGGAAUUGAGCGUUCCCGUCAAAGCCAUCCCAUUCCAUGUGUUGGCCAUUACCGCCUCUGAUGUACAACUAAAGGAAACAGUCCAGCUUAAGCCUGUGAGCGAUGCUACUGAAACCACCCUCAAAGUCGACAACAAGGUCACCAUUAUUGGUGCUGCUUCUGUCGCCCGCUACCUUAUCCGCUCGCGCAACUUGUUGAACGAACACGAUGCCGCGUCGCAAAACGCUGCCCGUCUUGCCGAUAUCAUUUUGAGCCAACCUGCUCCUAUUGUUCAACAAAUUAUUUCCCAACAACAAACCAAAUACCUCCUGGGCGAAGCACCACAACUUGUCGAUGCUUUGGCGUGGGGCGUCUUGCAUUCCGCCAAUUUGCCCACACCACACCAAUGGGCCGUCACUAAAGCCGCAAUGACUUUGAGCGAAGAAAUUGCAGCUGGUGCAGCACCUCCCAAGGUCGACGAAAUUCCUGCCAUUCCCGGCACCUCGCCCGAAACCAACGUCAUGGAUAUCUUUAAAAACCUGAUUGCUUCUCAAAUGGCCACUAUUACGGGUGUUGACGCCAAGUUGAUCUACACUGCUUUGGACUUGCCCAAAUCUUUAGAAAACGGUGAUUUGGCUAUUGCUGUACCCCGUCUGCGUGUCAAGGGUAAUCCUGCCCAGUUUGCUCAAGAAUGGGCCAAGACCUUCCAGCCUAACGACCACAUUUUGGGCGCCACCGCCAGCGGCCCCUUUUUGAACUUCCGUAUCAAUGCCAAACUGCUCGUCAGCAAGACAGUUGCUAUGGCUGCUAAGUACGGCUUAGAUUAUGGUAAGAACAAGUUGAACCAAGGCAAGCGCGCCAUUGUCGAGUUCUCGUCGCCCAACAUUGCCAAACCUUUCCAUGCCGGCCAUUUGCGUUCAACUAUUAUUGGUGCAUUCGUCCGCAACGUCUAUGACGCCAACGGCUGGGAAACAAUCGCCAUGAACUAUCUCGGUGAUUGGGGUAAGCAGUACGGCUUGUUGGCCAUUGGUUUCGCUCGCCACGGUGACGAGCAGGCACUCCAGAAUGACCCCAUCAAGCAUUUGUACGAUGUCUAUGUCAGUAUCAACCGCGACGCCGAAGCUGAUCCCUCGAUCCACGACGAAGCUCGCGCUUACUUUAAAAAGAUGGAGGAUGGCGAAGAAGAAGCGUUGCAAUUGUGGCGUCGAUUCCGUGACCUGUCGAUCGUCAAGUACAAGGAGGUAUACGGUCGAUUGAACAUUAAAUUCGAUGUGUACUCUGGCGAAUCUCAAGUCGGCGACGGUAUGAUGCGCGGUUUGAAGGCUUUGGAGGAAUGCGGCUUGUUGAUAGACUCGGAUGGCGCCAAGCUGAUUGAUUUGACGAAAUACAAGCUCGAAAAGGCUAUUGUUCAAAAGCGUGACGGCACCACCCUGUACUUGACGCGUGAUAUCGGUGCUGCCUUGGAACGUUACGAAAAGUUCAAGUUUGACAAGAUGAUCUACGUUGUUGCCUCACAACAGGAUCUGCACGUGAAGCAGUUGUUCAAGACUUUGGAAUUGUUAAAGUAUCCAUUUGCCGACAAGGUCGAGCACGUCAACUUUGGUAUGGUUCAGGGCAUGUCGACCCGUAAGGGUACUGUUGUCUUUUUGGAGGACAUUUUGGACGAGGCCAAGGAUAUCAUGCACGAUGUUAUGCGCAAGAACGAAGCCAAAUACAAGGAAGUCGCAGAUCCAGAACAGGUCGCUGACGAGAUUGGCUUGUCUGCUGUCAAGAUCCAGGAUAACGCCGCUCGUCGUAUCAAGAACUACGAAUUCGAUCGUAACCGCAUGUUCACCUUUGAAGGCGACACUGGUCCGUAUAUCCAGUAUGCUCACGCUCGCUUAAUGUCUAUUGAGCGCAAGAGCGGUUUGCAAAUCAAUCACAAUGCCAAUGUCGAACUGUUGACCGAACCAGAAGCCAUCGAAGUCUUGCGCUCUGUCGCUCAAUACCCCGAUCUCGUACGCAGCUUGAUGAACGGUUUGGAACCAUGCAACGUUGUCACCUAUGCAUUCAAGCUGUCGCACGAUAUCUCUUCAUGCUUCGAGGCUUUAUGGGUUCGUGGUGCUGCUCCAGAAGUCGCUGAUGCUCGUCUGUUGAUGUACUAUUGCGCUCGGGUUACGCUUGGCAAUGCCAUGCGUCUGUUGGGUUUGAAGCCGCUCGAGAGAAUGUAAAUUUGUUUGUUUCCCCCCUUAUUAUCUUCCCUCCAUAUUGUAUAAAAAAUCAUUUUCUCGCCAAUAAGAACUAUAUAAUUUGUUGUUAUCCCAAUUUAAGAAAAGAAGAA